AUGGUCUUCAGGACUCUGGAGAUAACUAUGAUAUCGUUCAUGGGCCGCGAGGCCGUCAGUUUCUACCUCGUCGGUUCUCUCUCCGGCAACAAGAGCGACAAGAGGCAGCGCACGCCUGUCCACAAGGACGGCAGCAUGAACCGCACCUUCGUCUUCCCCGUCGAUGGGGCCACGGCUCGCGCCGGGCGCCUCAAGUUCAAGAUCAUGGCCAAGCGCACCUUCUCCUUCGACAAGGACGUCGGCGAGGUCGAUGUGCCGGUCAGGGAUCUGCUCGAGGAGGGCGGCGCCGGCGAUGGGAAGCCGAAGGUGCUGAAGUACAGCGUGAGGUCGCCGUCCGGGAAGUCGAAGGGCGUUCUUGGAUUUUCUUUUAAGUUCCGCGAGGCAGCGCCCCCACCGGGGGCAUGUCCCCUGAACCCCGUGCCCACAAAUGGUUAUCCGUCGCUGGGGAACAGGUACGCUGUUCCACCGCCGGCAAGCCAGGCGGCGCUCAAGAAAGCCGGAGGCAAGAUCUUCAUGUUGAUGGGCAAGUUCCUCGAAAAGCUGCUGACCGGGGACUGCAUAUCAAAUGCAAUUAAUGAUGUCGGGUUCGAUUAUGGUGGCGAUAAGUAA